AUGAAGAUCUCGGCGAUGCUCUUUUUCUAUCUUUUGCAGUAUUUCCCUCUUCUUUUUGUCUAUCCAAAGCGGUUCGCUUUCUCUCUCUUUUUUAUUUUUAUUUUUUAUUUUUCUCUGAGUCUCUUCGGGAUCAAGUCCGGGCGCGAAAGCUCAAACCGAAUGGUGGCCGCGGUGAUGGGCGCACGAGUGGCGGGCGCACGUGGGGAAUGCAGGUAG